GCAAGCAGCCUAGUACCAUUUCCCACCACAAAUCACAUCACAAUCAAUUAAAAAAUCGAUUCAAAUUUAUCUAAUUAAUUGGGCAAUUGUAUCCUGGCACACAGAACUAAAUGCUUACCUUGUGAAUUGCCACACAAGCAGUUGUUCCGCCAAAGUAAAUUCCUAUGGAGGCUGCCAUUUUGUUCCACAAAAUCACUGACCUCUUUCUUACGUCACAGCUGUUCGCCAAUCAAGCAUCGCCAAAUGUACCGUAAAAUACGGUAAAUGUACACGUGUAAUAGUGAGCUGCGCUGCUUGCUUGCCAGGCCAGUUGACAGUGCGGUGAUCUAAUGAAUCUAACGCCGAACUUGACGGGCAUUAGUUCUUGCACGUCUCGUUAGUAGAACAAGCUGUAUGCGUACGUCGUAUCAGCCAAAGCAGGAUUCGAUUUGGUCUUUGAGUUGGAGGAAUCUAAUAUUGUAACGUUACAAGGAGAGCGAUUCAUCAUGAAGGCUUCGUCACAGCCAAUGUGCUCAGCUAUUGUCUUUCUCUCGGUUAUGCUGAUGCAGUUUUUUGCAGAAGCCAAAAUAAAGGAAGGAGAGUGUGAUGUGUGUAUUUCUGUUGUAAAACACCUUGAAAGCAUCAUGACGAAUGAAGACAGAAAGAGUGAAGACAAGAUAGAGAAGAAGAUACGAAAGUACUGUAAGGAUGCCAAAGGAAAAGAAAACAGAUUUUGCUAUUACAUGGGAGGAACAGCAGAUGCUGCAACAGGCAUGUUGAAUGAUCUCAUCAAACCACUAUCAGUACCUCUCCCACCAGAAAGAAUUUGUGAGAAACUAAACAAGAAAGAUAGUCAGAUUUGUGAGCUCAAGUAUGAGAAACAAAUUGACUUUGAUUCUGUUGAUCUGAAGAAGCUCAGAGUGAAGGAACUCAAGAAAAUUCUAAGUGAUUGGGAAGAAGACUGCAAAUCAUGUAUAGAAAAGAGUGACUUUGUAAAGCGUAUUGAAGAACUCAAACCUAAGUAUGUCAAGCAGAAACCAAGAGAAGACUUAUAACUUGUGCUGUAAAUGAGUUUAGGUUAUUUAUUGGAAAAGAAAUUUGUAUUUUGUAUAGUUUUUCUAAUACAUCUUAUUCAUUCCUUACAUGAGCUGUUACACAAAGUUAAGUUUGACUUAAAAUCACUCUUAAAACCAAUAGUUUGCAAAGUCAUGCUGAAGAAGCAUCCAUUUCAGAAAACUAUGGUUGAUAUUUGAAUGCGAUACCUCAUGUGCAAUAGCACUAAGCAUGGUUUUUACUCAAACUUAAUCUCAAGGGGAAUCCAACCUUGAUCAGUAAAUGUUGCGCGAGAGGGAAAAUAAUAAAACAGAAUGGUGAAAGUUUGAAUGAAAUCAGACAAGCAAUAAGAAAGUUAUGGCUGUUUCAAAAUUGAAAAAUUAAGAUCAUGAAAAUUUCAAUUUGGCAACUGGGUAAGUAACAACUGACAAGUGGAGAGGACAACUUUCCCAUAGGCCAUGUACUUAAUUAUUAUAGAUUUUUGGUUUUCUCCCAAGUACCCAUUCCUCUCAAUAUAAAUAUUUGGAAAAAAAAAUUGUUGAAGAACAUAUAAAAUUUUAGCCAUUUAAUGUAUUGGAGUAAAUAGAAACUGAGUAGUCAUUGCCUACAUCACUAUGACAUCAUCACUGGCCAAUUUGAAGUAUCCAUAGGUAUAGUGAUUACCAAGUUUUACAACUUUUAAAAAUUCAUAGCUUUCUAAUUGUUUGUCCGAUAUUUAAAUUUUCACCUAUCUACUUGUCUGAUUAUUCUUUUUACUCUGAAACUUCUAUUUGGGUUGGAUUCUGCUUUAAUAAAACUCCAUGUGAGAUAGUUGCUAGUUGUGUUACAGUCAACUCUGCCUCUAAAUAAUUUACAUGACUUAAACUCAACAAAUGAAGACUGAGAGGUUUACUAUAAUUACAAGAUGGCUCUUUGAAUUUCCUCAUCACACAAGAAAUGCGUAUUUCAGGGUAAUAUUUGGUAAUGUUCUAACCAAAAGAGGUAAAAUCCAGCUACAAAAAUAUGUAGCAUUUUGUUUCAUACUGAAUAAUUCACAAUAUGCAAGGGUAUGAGAGCCUGUUCUGAAAAAUAGUCUGAAAUACACAUUUCAUGGUACUUUCAAUAAAUUGCACGUCUUCAUUUGUUAUUACUAUUAUCAAAAUGAUGUAAAAAAAAAUCUUAAAAGUGAUGUUAAUACAGAAUUAAAAUCCCAAAAAUAAAAAAAAAUGUGAGAUUUUACACAAUAGUACAACUCACUCAGUCUCUCAAUAAAGCUCUCUGUACUCACUGGUAUCAUAUGAAAGUUUUUAAUCUUGUUUUUGUGUGUAAAAGUCAAAAUGUAGAAAGAAAAGAGGAAUGACUGUAAAAAGGUCAAUGUGAAUCUUUGCAUUCAUGGCCAAAGCUGUGCUCUACCCUUACAGUAUGGAUUUUACAAGACAGAUUUGAAUAAUCUUGAUCUAUUAACUGAGAUACCUUACGUUUCAAUGAAUAUUGAACUGUUUAUAUGAAAGUACUUGCUAUGUUCCAAAUAUUUCAUAAUAGCAUCAGUGCAUUGUUUGAAUCAUUGAAAUUUUCUUUGAAAGUAGUGUUCUUCAUGACUGACAUCUUGAAGGGAUUCCAUCCAACCUUUACCAUUAUAUUAAAGAAAUGUUUUUAUGAAAGGAGAAAAAUAAGAAAAUCAUGCAUGUUGAUAAGCUA